AUGGAGGCCGAAGCUCUUGCAACCUUGAGAGAGAGCCUGCAGCUGAACACCGAGUUGAAGAAACGGUUCGACAGGUUGGGCGAGUUUGCAGACCGUGUUGAGCAUCUUCGUACUGCAAAGCUUGUCAACAAUGGCCAGAUCAUUGCGCUGAAAGAGCAGCUUGCGCAUUUUGAGAGCCGUCCCGAGAGCCUUCCCGUGCGAGUGCCUCGCAUUGUACCAGUGCCUCGCAUGGUGCACGCGGCCCCUACGAAUGAGUGGCAUCAUUUAGCACAGAUCCUGGACGACACUCACAACUCCCAGAAGGUUGCUGUUGUGGGGCGCUCGCGCGCUGAGGUCCUUGCUCAGCUAGAGUCUCGGCUCGGUAAGGCGAAAGCAGCAGUGCUUGCAAAGAGGCUGAGGGUGUACAAGAAGCUGAGCAAGGGGCCCCAUUCAAAGAUGCUGCAGCAGACCCCCUUCUUCUCGUGGGGUGGAGCGUACAGUGGGCAGGUGGACCGCCCGCACCUGCACCGCAACGACACAACAUCACGCAUGUCUGGCGCCUUGCACGCGCUGCAGCACACGGGUCUCUCUCCCUCUCUGGCGAAGCGGGCCAUCCUAGCAGACCCGCACCUGCACCUGCCCAUGUCUCUUUCCAAAGGGCGUGGAAAUGACAGCCCCCAACCAGCAAGUACCCCUUCGAACCAGCUGGAGCUGGCGGGUCGUGGCCUUGCAGCUCUGUCUGGCGCCAGUCCUCGCCUCAUUGCGCCUCUGCUUGCCAGCCGUGAAGGUUUCUGA